ACCGCCACGUAGUCGAUGACGUCAGCCAACGACAACAAGAACUUCCUAGUGUGGGAUUUAGUUUAUGUCAACAAAGCUCGCGAGCGGGUUUGUGACGUGGACCUGACCCGGUUCCAGUUCCGCAUCAAGAAGCCCGCUUCUUACCUUCAUUUCGUCAGCAGAACCAUGACACUUUGUACGGUGUUCCCGGCGGUUCUUCUGACCAUCUGCUGGUUCUUAGUGGCGGCGGCGCAGGAUGCCGUCAAAACGACUGUCGGCGGCGCCAGUGCAGCGGUGACCAAACCCAAUUCCACCGAGCCGAACUCGACAAAGACCGGCAAUGGCGUGUUUCGCAACUUCAACAUGGACAGCUCCAUGAUCCAGAGGGCCCUGUACGUCCUCAUCGGCAUCACCGUCAUCGGAGUCCUGUACUUCCUCGUCCGAGCUGUGCGAUUGAAGAAGCCCGUCCAGAGGAAGAAGUAUGGACUCCUGUCCAACUACGAGGACUCGGUGGAGAUGAUGGCAGUGGAAAGUGACGAGGACGACACGCUUUACGAGGCUCGCAGCCUUCGCAGAUGAGUCCGGUCUCCAGACGAGGGGCCACGUGCUGUCCACACUGGUCCAUUAUGGAGAAGCGGUUUGGACACCUGAACCUGGAGGACCAAAAGUUCUGCAACCUGAAUGCCAAAGCUGCUCAAGGCUGAGCAGGAUAACAUUUGUUUUCCACAUUGACGAGUGUUUGUGUCUCUUUCCGACACAUUUUUUGUUUCCUUGCUUGGGAGUUCGGUUUCUUUGUGUUGUCGUCAGGAGCUCUUUGGCUCCAACCGUGUGCUGAGACUACUGACAGGCCUCCCUUCCUGCUUUUGGACAAACAUCCUGUUCACCUCGAGCUGCGAGGAGCGAGGACCAGCUCUGACUGGUGUCUGUUCAAACGAAGGCCGCACCAAUCUUCCACCUGAAAUCAAACUGUAGAGCUUGUGCUCAUCUUGUAGCACCCAUGAUGCAUUGCUGCAGGGUCUUGAAGAAAGUUCAUAUUUUUGCAUCAAAUAUUCUCGUGUUUACCUCCUGCUUGAAAGCAUCAUGGGUGAGCUGGAGCCAGCUUAUUACUACCAUUAAAGGUGAGGUGACCAUUGUAGGUGGUAGUUGAGUCAUUUUAGUUUUGAAGUUUGAGCAACAGACAAAUAUUUACCCAUAAAAAUGAAUAUGAAGAUGCCUCAAUUGGCAAGCAAACAGCCAAAUGUGAAUUUGAAAAAAGUGACAACUUCCAGGUUUCCAGUUGUUGGAAAUUUGUGGUACAUCUGUGCUGUGAGUGCUUCAGUAGAUGGACAACUGAGUUUAGAGGAAGGUUAGAUUCAACUCCAGUGAUAGCUCUUUUAAUAUGUGUGUCUAAACUCAACCAAAUUUGAUGCAGUUUUGUAGCUCGAGACCAAAAAAUGUGUUUUAAUAUUGCACUCUUACAGAACUGACUAAGUGACUCAGCAGUUUCAUGGCCCUCCACACAUAAUUUUCUAGGAUCGCGGGAGGAAGCUCUAAAAUGUUUUUGUUUAAAUUGCGGUCAAAUAAAGGUGUGAAAUGUAUUUUUCCAUUUAAAUAGCCAAAUUUGAACUAUCGAAAAAUAUAUUUUUUAUAUCAGCUAAUCUGAUGAUGUCACUUACAAUGCUGUCGUGCUGUAAAAACAUUUCAUGAUGUGUGCUGUGCGACCAAACUGCAGCUCAGUGUUUGGACAUCACUUCAAACGUGUUGCGCUUCUGAAUACAAAUAGUGUUUCUCUUUGUGAAACAUGAAUGACGUCACUGUCGUUGUCUCCGCUCGACUUUUGUAUUAUGUAUAUUUUUUUGCUUUGAAAGAAAGUAUUUUUUUUGUAAGUGACUGGUGAGAGUAAAGUUUUGU